CCUGAAAGUCAAAGAUAACCCACUACUGACUUUUGCAUCCCAUGCCCAUAAAACAGCGCAAGUGUAGGAUAAGGGAGAUCAAGACCAACAACAGUAACAAGCAACCAUGGCUGAUGCAGAGCCAUGGAAGACAGUCAAGAUACACCCGACUGUGCAAGAGCUGGUGACCGGCGUGCAGGACGAGCCACCGAGCCGGUAUGUGAUCCCUGAGCAAAACCGUCGACCCGUCGUGGCUGGUUCUGAGAUGCCUCAUCCCAUACCCAUCAUUGACCUCAGCCGUCUGUCUAACAACAACGCUGAUGAGGUUGCCAGGCUACAGUCUGCCCUGGAGAACUGGGGCCUAUUCCUGGCUGUUGGACAUGGGAUGGAACCAGGUUUCCUUGGUGAGGUGAUGAAAGUGACUAGAGAAUUUUUCAAGCUCCCACUGGAAGAGAAGCAGAAGUACUCAAACCUGGUGAAUGGCAAUGAAGUCAGGAUCGAAGGAUAUGGAAACGACAUGGUUGUAUCAGAGAAGCAGAUCCUGGACUGGUGUGACCGCCUCUACAUCAUAGUGGAACCUGAGUCUCGCAGAGUCUACAGCUUGUGGCCAACAGAACCUCCUUCUUUCAGAGAUAUCCUGAGUGAGUACACAGUCAGCUGCCGGAAGAUCGCCAACCUUGUCCUUGAGAACCUGUCCAAGCUGCUCGAUCUACAAGAGGAUUACUUCGUCAACAUGCUCGACGAGAAUGCCAUGACAUAUGCCAGGUUAAACUACUACCCUCACUGUCCAAAGCCAGAACACGUCUUCGGCAUGAAGCCCCACACUGAUGCCUCAGUGAUCACAAUCGUCUUCAUUGAUGAUAACGUCAGCGGGCUCCAGCUGCAAAAGAAUGGCGUCUGGUACAACGUGCCCAUUGUCCCGAAUGCAUUGCUCGUGAACGUAGGAGAUGUAAUGGAGAUGCUGAGCAACGGGUUCUUCAAGAGUCCGGUUCACAGGGUUGUGACCAAUGCUGUGAAAGAGCGGCUGUCGUUGGUGAUGUUCUAUACGAUGGGCCCGGAGAGGGAGAUUGAGCCAGUGCCAGAGCUGCUGGAUGAGAAGAGACCAAGACGGUACAAAAAGAUAAAGACCAAGGACUACAUAGCACAACUCUUCGAAACUUUUGCAAGAGGGACGCUAGCCAUUGAUACAGUGAGGAUCUGAAAUUUGAUUUUGAAGUGCACAAGAUCAAUUAGCUACAUGGUGAAGUUUAUUUCAUCUAUCUUCCGUUUCUUAUGGAUCUUGUCUAUGCUCUAAAUUAGUGGAUCAAAAUGUGGUAUGGACACUUUGUAUCACUGUAUGCCAUCUACCAGAAACUCCGUAUUUCCUUUAAUUCAACUGUUGCCCGGCCCUCUUAAUAUACACAUUCUCUUAGGUUUCUGGUUAAGAAAGUACUUACAAUUA